CAGAGGUUUUAGUGGAGUCCUGCUGGCACAGAUUCUGUUUGGGCCUGCCGAUAGCACCAAGGCUCCUGUAACAGGAAGUACAGUAACUUGGAACUAAUAAGGUCUUAAAUACAAACAGUAGAACGUGUAGAGCAGCAUACCAGUACAUUGUUUCAUUUUAGUUUUCCAACCAAGUAGCCAAACCCACAUAAACAGCACUUUGCCAAUGUGUUUAAAUUAAAUGGUAGUUUCUGGCUCAUAUCAGGAUCUAAAAAAUGAUCAGAAUGUACACCAUCAUGUCCUGGUCUGAGAAGAACAGAAAAGCAGAGAGCAGAAGGGUGAGAAGAGUCAUUUGUUCAUUUGUAUUUAAAAUCACACAGAGACUCUUGGAUUAGUGCAGGAAGGGUGCGGUUUGCUCUGUCAGUUGAAUUAUCACGCAGUCUGGAAACCAGCGACUGAUUGUCACUGCUGAACUGAAGCAGAAGUGUGGAAGCCUGGUAAAUCACACAAAGACUGAGAGCUAAACAAAUGAUGGGCGAGGCAAGGUUAUCAUUGUUUCAUUAGGACAUUCCUAGAAUGAGUGCACAAGCUCUUUUCGUUGGCAGCAACCGAAUGUCUGUUCACAUAUUCAGCAACAGCAAGGAAAAUCUGCUUUCAACAUUUAUCGAAUGCCAUAAAACAAAAUCAUGACAUCUGCUGGAGGGGACUUUACAAAAUUUCGGUGGCUAUGCACCAUUAUUGGAUUGAUUUUCUAUCUAGGAGACAUUGGAUCAGAUUUCUUGUUAACUGUGCAGUAUUUUAGAGCCAGACAUCUCACCUGGGCUGCACUGACUCUUGUGUUUAUUCUGAGCGGAUCUUUAUGCAUACAGAUAUUCAGCUAUGUAUGGUUUAAAGAUGACAAGAGAGAUGGUAAAGAGGACAACCUGCCCACUGGCCAUCUGAUUGGGAUACAUGUACUGCAGAUAGGCAUUAUUACAAGGUAUCUCAGUCUGCUGAAGAAGAGUUAUAAAGCCCUUUGGUUCAACCAGGUCCAGUCACGGCUUUUCGACCUCGCUACAGAUCUGAGCAUGCUCCGCUUGUUUGAAACGUUCCUUGAGAGUGUUCCUCAACUUGUCCUGCAACUGUAUAUAAUACUGGAGCACAACCAUCGCUCUACUCUGCAAUAUAUCAGCAUGGCCGUGUCCUUCCUCAACAUCGCUUGGUCAACGGUGGAUUAUCGUCGCUGUUUACGCCGCUCUCUACCUCACGUUAACGAGAUGCCUUGUGGAAUCCCCACAGUUGUGUAUCUACUCUACAAGGUAUUCACCAUAACUCCUCGAAUCCUUAGCCUCACCCUCUUCAUCAUGCUGUCCACCUUCAGCACUCUUGCAAUGGCCUUCAUAUGGCUAUUGGGAACAUUCUGGGCUUAUUUGGAAAAGACUGACUUCUGCACUUCACGAGUCCUUGAAUAUAUUUAUCGAGCCACUGUUGGAGUCAUCUUAAUUUUUACAUUUUUUAACAUUAAAGGAGAGAACAGCCAAGUUCCCAUGACUGUGUAUUACAUUUUCAGUGUCAGUCAAAACCUGGCAGCACCUAUUCUGUUGUUUCUCUUCAAACCAGAAUCCGAGGGGACUGACUAUUUUUUGCCCAUCAUAUUAUUUAUAUUAAUUUCAAAUUCACUUGGACUGGGUUUUCUGGGACUCUAUUACAGUCUUCUGCACCCUCAUAAGGUGUCUGAUGAGAUAGAUGGAAUGGAAAGAGAUGAGCAAAAGAAAGAAACAACACGUUUAAACAAUUUUUUACAAAUAUAAUAGUCUAUUGAUUAUUGAAAAAAGCUAUCUAUUUAAAGUUAUUUAUAAGUGCAAUAUAUGAAGGAUCUAUAAAAAUGUUUAAAAGCUAUUAGGGAAGAUAUCUGAUUUUACAGGUAUCAAAUCGAACCUGUAAAAUGAUGAAUACGCUUUCUGCUGCUGAGAUUAGUGCCUUCAAUUCAUCCUCUCCCGGUGCUGAUGUCUGAUCGUUUUCUGUUAGUAGUUGAAGCACUACCACAACUCAAGAUGGCACUGUUGUUCCAAAAAUCCUUAAAGAGUUUGGUCACUAAAAAAUAACAAAUUCUGUCGUCAUUUACUCUCUUAUUGUUCCAAACCUGUAUUACUUUCUUCUGUAUUACUUUAUCAUCCAUAAAGUGACAGCAUCAGUAACCAUUCAUUUUCAUUGUUUAAAAAAAAAAAAAAAAAAGAUGCAAUGAAAGUGAAUGUGGCUAAAGUGAGUGAGGUUAACAGUUGGCAUAAUAUCUCCUAUUGUGUUCCACAGAAGAAAACAGUAA